AUGAAGGAUUUGAAAGCUUUAGCUGAGGUCUUUCCAUUUUCUUCUCAUUCUUUUUCUCUAAUGGAUUCGAAAACAAACUUGAAGACUUAUUUGUCAGUGAAGAGUCGUGAAUCUAAAGAGUAUUUGCUUACUCUUUUUAGUAGAUGUGCAUAUGCUCCUACUAUUGAGUUGUUUAAUGAGCUAUUUGAAGAAUUUAAGGGUCGUUGUGGUCGUAGUGUUGAGAAGUUUCUUGAGGAUUUGCCUAAUGAGUUUAGUCUUGUUGAUGCUAUACGGGUGAAACUAAUGGAGCAAUUGUCAAGAAGGAGAGAAGUUGGGAAUAAGUGGAAUCGUAUUGUUUGUCUUUUUGCAGAGAAAAAGUUAGAAGAAGCUUUUAAUGAUACAAAAGUAUGGAUAGUUAAGAAAUGUAGCGAUGACAUUUAUGAAAUCCAAUUGGAUCAUUCAAUUAUGGUUGAUAUUAGGAAACGUUGUUGUUCUUGUCGAUUGUGGGAAAUUGAUUCUUUUCCUUGCAAACAUGGUUUUUGUGCUAUAAAAAAGAGUGAGAAGGAUCUGAAUUGCUUUUUUGAUGAUUACUACCGUGUUAGUAGUUAUUGUGAUUCUUAUUCACAUUCUAUCUAUCCAGUUCCCAGUAUGUGGAAGCCAAAUAUAGUUGUUAAUGAUGACAUUGUUUUACCUCCUCUUUGUAAGAGACCAGCUGGACAUCCAAGAAUGGAGAGAAUACCUUCUAAGGGCGAAAUCAAGAGAAUUAGAUGCAGUAGGUGUGGAAAGAUGGGAACUCAUAAUCGGAAGAUAUGUAAAGAAGCUCUGCUUCAGUUGUAUUGA